AUGCAAAGUGAUGCCACAAGCAUCCCUGUACGCGGAUAUCAUAGUGUGCGUAGAGAUUAUUAUCCAGAUUUGGAUUUUAGUCAUUCUUCGGGGCUGUUUCGUCCCAAUUAUAGACGAUUUGAUCGUCAUCCAUAUACGCAUUCCGAUUAUCACAGGAGACCUUACUACCAACCGCGUUAUUAUAAUCACGUAGGUGGUGGUGGUUAUAACGAUGGUCAGAGGUUUAGCGAGGGCGGCAAGACUUACAAAGACGACAACUACGAAAAGCUGCAUGGAAGUCAUGGUGAACACUCGGUCGAAGACCAAGCUGGUUAUAAUCGUGGAAACGCGAACGUAAAAAGUAGCAAGGGAAAAUCUGGCUACCAUAACGAAGAAGUGGGCAAAAGGAAGUCGGCCGAUGAUGGAAAAUCUUACCACGGAAGUGAACAUGUCAACCAAGAAGGAAAGCAAGGUGGGCAAGAGCAAGAAAAAGCUUCUCACAAAAAGGGACACGUAGUAAAAGGUUUUAAGAAAUCCCACCAUAAGGACGAAGAUUCUAAAACUGAAGAGUAUUACGAUGAAGCUCAUAAUGAAGGUGGUAACCACAAGUUUGGAGAAGGAUCCGGAAGCUUCGGUAAAAAUAGUGCUUCUGCCUACAAGGGAGGGCACGAUGAAGGAGGUUAUAAUGAAGUAGCAAAGAAAGAUGAUGGUCAUUACGAUUCCAAACAUUCUGUCGUUAACGCGGAUGGUGAUCAAGGUCACUACAAUAACAAUAAGCAUUUUGAAAAGGGAGAAAGCUAUGAUGCACGAAAUGGAGGCGAUCAGCAUUCUUUGUUGGGGCAUCAAGAAGUGAGUAAAGUGUACAACGAGCGUCCUUUUUUCCCUAUAGAUAAAUAGACCCAAUGAAUAAUUUAAAUGAUACAGAUA